UACAUCUGUGGAACCCCCACCAUUUUGACAAUCCCAUAUGCCGCAUUUGCGAUCUUGAGAUUGAAGAUUUUUCAACUACUUGUCCAUUCAAAGGACUCUACUGGUCGCAUAUUAUCUGUACCCUCAAUCUGGCCAAUGACUGCCCACCUCCAGAGUAUACCUGGGCGUUUUUACGGCCCUAUCCACCCCCCCCCCACCGGCGGGCCUUUGUUGAAUGACACUUUCUCCCUCUCAGGCGUCGCGUUCUCCAUUUUAUGGCAAAAUCACUGGCGGUGCACUAUUGACCGUUCCCUUUGGUGUCUGCCAUCCAUACUACAAGCUUAGACCGUGCCCACGCAGCCUUCAUCCGCAGGUUCUUCUCGAACAUUUAACCUUUGCCACAUAGACAUGUUUCCUUGACCAAUAAAGCAUCUUACAAGAGCAAGCAAAAGCACCAAAAAACUUGACCAAACCAGUAAAAGACAUGAUCAAACCGACAAAGGCCUUCGAGCUAGCCAAUCAAAAACAUGAUCAAGCAGUAAAAAUCAUGAGCUAGCCAAUCAGAAACAUGAGCAGACAGUAAAAUUCAU